AUGUCCUCCUCCCAGCCCUUUCAACCUUCCUCUCCGAUGUCUGCAGGCGGAGGCGCCCUUCGAAGGAAGUCGAGAUUCACGUAUAAGCAAUUGGCACUUCUGGCUGCAUCUUCUACCAACUGUCCAUUACGGGUAAUCGCUCAUGUGGAUCUCGAUGCCUUCUACGCACAGUGUGAAAUGGUGCGGCUGGGCGUGCCAGAAGACCAGCCUUUGGCUGUCCAGCAAUGGCAAGGCCUCAUAGCCAUAAAUUAUCCUUCACGAAAAUUUGGUCUCAGUCGACAUGUCAAUAUUGCCGAGGCAAAGAAGCUCUGUCCAAAUUUGAUCAUGCAACAUGUUGCAACGUGGAAAGAGGGCGAAGAGAAAUGGGCAUACCAUGAUGACGCCGCAAAAAAUAUUGCAACGCACAAGGUCUCUCUAGACCCGUACCGCUUGAAGUCUCGUCAAAUCCUUUCGUGUAUAAAAGACACUCUGCCUGCACACUUGCAGAAGGUGGAAAAGGCUAGCAUCGAUGAGGUCUUUAUGGAUCUCUCAGCCCAGGUUCACUCAAUAUUGCUGGAGCGUUACCCUCAGUUGAGUAGGCCGCCACCUUAUGAUGACCCAACGGAAUGUCUACCGCUUCCUCCAACGACAGCAUUAGACUGGCAAGCAGACGCUCUGGUUGAUCUGGAUGUCGACGAAACUGAAGAGGACGAUCCAGACUGGGACGACGUAGCCAUUCUGAUUGGCUCUGAGAUUGUCCGGGAUGUCAGAGCGGCCGUGAGAAAGCAGCUGAAAUACACUUGCUCAGGGGGCAUCGCACAGAACAAGAUGCUGGCGAAGCUUGGAUCGGCACACAAGAAGCCAAACCAACAGACCGUCAUUCGAAACAGGGCUGUCCAAAUGUUCCUCUCAGACUCCAAGUUUACCAAAAUCCGAGGUCUAGGAGGCAAGCUCGGAGACCAGAUCACUUCAGCAUUCAAUACAGAUACGGUCAAAGAUUUGCUAGAAGUUCCCGUGGAACAGCUGAAACAGAAACUUGGGGACGAUACGGGCACGUGGGUGUUCCAAAUCAUCCGAGGAAUUGAUUCGAGCGAGGUCAACUCUCGUACUCAGAUCAAAUCCAUGCUUUCUGCAAAGAGUUUCCGUCCCAGCAUCAACACGCCCGAGCAAGCCCAUCGAUGGCUCCGGAUAUUUGCAGCGGACAUCUACUCCCGAUUGGUGGAGGAGGGUGUGUUGGAGAACAAGAGAAGACCAAAGACCUUGACUCUACAUUUUCGUCAUGGGGGUCAAAUGAAAUCUCGUCAGGCUCCCAUCUCCCUUGGGAAAAAGAUAGAUGAGACGGCACUAUUUGAACUCGCCAAAAAUCUCCUGAGCCAGAUCAUACUGGAAGGAAGAGUCUGGCCUUGCUCGAACAUCAGUCUCAGCGUGGGUGGAUUUGAGGAUGGUAUUCAGGGCAAUUUGGGCAUCGGGGCAUUCUUGGUGAAGGGUGAAGCGGCCAAAGCAACGAGUUCAAGUGCACGGGAGUCGAGCAGGACUGCGACAGGUCAAGAGAGGUCAGAGAAACGACGGCGCCUCGAAGGCACGACAGGCAUUCAGAAAUUCUUUGGCAAACCGGACAGCACAGGGGAACACGAUGAUGAUUUUGGCGCUCAUGGCUUACUCGGCAAUUCUCCUUCGGCUGAAGCAGGAAGUGCAGAUAGGGACGAAUUUGAAAUGGCGGCCUCGCCCUACAUUAACGAGGCGACCGAAUUCCAGCAAGAGAACAAUCUGCUCUCAGCCGGCACAUCGGCCCUUCAUCAACAGCAGAUUACUGAUUAUAUAUGCACCCGUUGCAAUCGGGCCAUAGAACCCGCCAAUGUGGACAGCCACCAAGACUGGCAUUUCGCAAAAGAUCUCCAAGAUGAGGAGAAGGGGCAACUUUCCCACCAACUCCAAGCCACUACCACCUCAAAGACCAACAAGAAAUCUGGGACGAACACGAACAAGAAGAAGACUGCAAGAGAAAAGCCAGAGAAGGGCCAGAGCAAGUUGGCCUUCGGGUGA